AUGGCAAUGCGGGACGUGGAGGCGCAGGUCUUCGACGAGGCAUUGCAGCCGGUGCCCACCGAGCGACCCGAUGGAGUCAAGGAUAUGUGUCCUCCCUCAGUGCUCUGUGCGGACAACCUGGCGCCAAACGAAUGUAACUCGGCCACGGAAGUGGACUUGACCGCUGCAAAGCUGUCUGUGGAGGACUGGCAGUGA